AUGUCGGACUGGAAGUCGACGUUGUCGGCAUCGGAGCGUUAUGAAACCAUACAGAGGAUCCAGGCACAGAAGGGCAUUCCAAUGAACGAAGCGCUGCCACUUGAAGUCGCCGCUUACAACGAGAGCACGUCAAAAGAUCAAUACUUAUCAGCAUGUCUUGUGCCAACUGCAGCCUGUCCCGCCUCCCCCCCCUUCACACCGAAUGAGCCUCCACAAACUGGAUCAGGGACAAAUGGCAUCACGAUAGGCCGAUAUGACGAUUGUCGCCCCAUUGCCGAGGGUGUUACAUCCGAAGUCUACUGUACGCCGAGAAACACGGCCCUGAAGGUCAUCACGUUCCACACACCACCACAUGACCCUCAACGCGAGGCGGUCAUACUCGAAGCACUAAAAGGACGGCCCUCUAUCAUUCAGCUGGAAGCAACAUUCCGUGACCAGGAGCAGCGCUUCGUUCUCGAAUUCCCUUAUCUGCCCUUCACGCUGGGACACCUACUCGAGAAGGGUCCUCUCGAUGACGGUCAGCGAAACAGAAUUUUCAAAGACGUCUUGUUCGGGCUAAGGGAAAUUCACUCUAAUGGCAUCAUCCAUCGCGACAUCAAGUCCUCUGCGAUUCUGCUAGCGUCACCUUCAGGACCUGCGUACAUCUCAGAUUUUGGAACGGCAUGGUCACCAGAUCAUCGCUCCAAAGACGAGCCACCUGAUGGCAAGAUUCUCGACGUCGGCACAGGGCCUUAUCGAGCACCAGAGAUUCUUUUUGGGAACACGGCGUAUUCGACGGCAAUAGAUAUGUGGUCUCUUGGCGUUGUGAUAUCCGAAGCCAUCACCAACCCCCCAAGGCCCAUUUUCGAAUCGAGGCCUGCGCAUGAGGAUGGCAAUCAACUCGGCCUGAUCCUAAGCAUUUUCAAGACCCUGGGCACGCCAACGGCGGAUACCUGGCCCGAGGCCAAGGACUUCAAAGUGACCCCCUUUGAAAUGUGGACUGUCUUUCCAGGAACGAGAUGGCACGAUAUACUCCCGGACGUCGCCGAGGAAUGGACAGAAGUUGUGGCUGCGCUUGUGAGAUAUGACAGGAAACGAGCUACUGCUGAUCGGGUGGGUUUCUAA